CGCAGAGUUAGUCCAGUGGCAACAGGUAGACGGUGAACACCGACAAUCUAUAAGCAAUCCGCGUGUGAGAAGGCAGUUAUAGGUCCAAUCCAACCGAAAACCGGAAUUUCGGGAAGAAGAAUCCAACAGCAGAAUCGUGCAGCCAGAAGGAAGUUUCUAAUAGUGAGGUCCCCUCUCGUCUGCUCCUCGUCGCGUAGAAGUAUUCAGCGGAGUGUGUACGGAAUAGUGAGAGAGUGAAGUGCUGAAGGUUCUUCAUUUGCAUCGACUCCUCGGGUCAGUUUUCGGUGAAGGUUGAAAGCAUUUAAACGGAAGGCGCAGACCCGCAGAAAAGGCGCUUUUGAAAGGAAGAAGAGGAAAACGCAGGUGCUCGUGUGUGUUGGUGUGUUCCGCCGUAGCCAGAAUCAAGGUUCUAUCUUUGGGACCUCUGCCCGAAGCGCAGCGUCAUCGAGUGCGGUGUGUUAUUAUACUCCUCCGUGUGGAAGUUCUUGUUGUUUGUACUGCUCUUGGGAGCCAUCCAGUCAGUGUGGACAACCGAGUGAAGAGUUCGCGGUAUACGUGUGGAAGCGAAGACCGGCCUUACACGGGACGGACUACUGCGACGACGAGUUUUGUCUUCUUUGUGCCGCCGAAGCGAUCAUCAAAGCGCGACAUAAGAGCAAGGAGAAGAGGUUUCUCUCCGCACAUCGUAGCAGGCCUAGGGCGGACGGACGAAUCUUAUCGGGUGGCGCACGCGGCAAGGCGAGCGGUCAACGCAACAGCAGUGGGCGCCUCUCCAGCGCAAUUAUUUCUCCAGUAUCGACCGGAGGCAGCUGGUGAUAAGACGUUCUUCGUUGGUGAUUAACAUCGGGAAAGCAACAUGUCCAACAAAAAAGAUAGUCAGGCGGCGGCGACUAAUGGGACAAAGUACGAGGCGCGACUGUGUCACGUUGUGAAAAGGGCGGACUUUGAUGGAUACGGGUUCAACCUGCACGCUGAGAAGGGCCGUCCAGGGCAGUACAUCGGCAAGGUGGAUGAUGGAUCUCCGGCGGAGGCCGCUGGGUUGCGCCAAGGUGACCGGAUCAUCGAAGUCAACGGCACGAACAUCACGACCGAAACGCACAAGAAGGUGGUGGAGCUGAUCAAGGGGGUGCCGAACGAGACGAAACUACUGGUGAUCGAUCCCCGCGCUGAUGCAGCAGAUUUGAAGGCAGCGAUCGCCAAAACUAAGACCGACGGUGUCAACGGCGGAGUGGAUGUGAAUGAUAACAGCAAACAACCGGCCGAAGACGAGAAGAGCAGCAAGAUGACCAACGGCACGAAGGGGGAUUCGAUGAUGAUGGCGAUGGAGAACAACAAGCCGCAUGACGUCAACGGCAAGGAGGAAAUGAACAACAAGAGGAACAGCGAUAUGAGUGCUAAUAAAGCGACAAAUGGCGAUGCAUCGCCGAAGCAGCAGCAGAAACCCGCCGUCGUCACAGCAAGCGUUGAUCAUAUUAUCGAGGACACCAAGGCCUUGUCAGUGUCUCCAUCGAAGGUGGCGACGACGCCGAUGACGACGACGCCAACGGAAUCCAAGAAGGCGAUGAAUGGCAGCAGCAACGGCAGCAGCGCCGCGACGGCGACGAACGGAAGCGCAUCCAAGGAAGGUCCCAAGCUUAACCUCAACAUGACCGCCGCGGAGCUACGUGCCCAGCUGGCGGCCCGGAAGAAGUACGACCCAAAGAACGACGUGUGCGAUUUGCGCAAAAAGUACGAAAUCAUUCAGAAGAUGUGAUAUGUGACGGCGGAUGACCAGCACACGAACCCUAAUUUGGUAUGCAUGCAAGAAGAGUAAGAGCGUGACUCUUGAAGGUAGGAAGAACGUUGGAACAGCGCGCGGGUGGGACAAACCCAACAACACACACACACGGUUGAUCGAUCACCCUGGAUCGGCUAGUUACUUAUUAUCCUAGACGAGAAUAGUUUGUAGUCAAAUAUGUUUUUUGUUCGCAAUUACAAACAUCAUCAGUAUUGAA